AUGUCCUUCCAACCUCCUCUCGGACAGGGCGCCGGCUAUGGCGUCGUCAUCGGCUUGGGCUUUGCCUUUGCCUUCGGUAUGAUUGUUACCACUUUUGUGCUAAAGAGGUACAACAAUGAACUCCAGACCUCUGAGAUGUUCAGUACAGCAGGCCGGACUGUCAAAUCUGGUCUUGUUGCUUCCGCCGUCGUGUCUUCCUGGACAUGGGCUGCAACAUUACUUCAAUCCUCUGGUGUCGCGUAUCGCUAUGGUGUUUCCGGUCCUUUUUGGUACGCUUCGGGUGCCACAGUGCAAAUCAUUCUCUUCGCUACUAUCGCCAUUGAGCUCAAGCGCCGAGCUCCCAACGCUCAUACAUUCCUCGAGGUCAUUCGGGCACGUUAUGGCGGCGUCACUCACAUUGUCUUCAUGGUUUUCGGCAUCUUCACCAACAUCCUGGUCACUUCCAUGCUGCUGACCGGUGGUUCUGCCGUCGUGACAUCGCUUACCGGAGUGCCAACCGCAGCUGCUUGCUUCCUCCUUCCCAUUGGUGUCGUUUUGUACACCAUGUUCGGUGGAAUCAAGGCCACCUUCCUUACUGAUUAUGCCCACACCGUCGUCAUUCUCGUCAUUCUCCUCACCUUUGCGUUCACGGCCUACGCAACUAAUGACCAACUGGGCAGUCCAAGCAAAGUCUACGAGCUCGUGGUCGCGGCCGGUAAGGCUCACCCGGUCUCUGGAAACAAAGAUGGCAGCUACAUGACUAUGCGCUCGAAGGAGGGAGCUAUCUUCUUCGUCAUCAACAUUGUUGGCAACUUCGGAACCGUCUUCUGCGACAACGGCUACUACAACAAGGCCAUUGCUGCCAGCCCAGUUGAUGCCCUUCCAGGUUAUAUCAUGGGCGGCUUGUCUUGGUUCGCCAUUCCCUGGCUCGCAGCAACCACUAUGGGCCUUGCUGCACUCGCUCUUGAGGGUCACCCGGGUUUCCCCUACGCUGGCCGUAUGCUCGAUUCCGACGUCUCAGCUGGAUUGGUCCUUCCCACCGCUGCUGUCGCUAUGAUGGGUAAGGGUGGUGCUGUAGCCACUCUGCUUCUUGUUUUCAUGGCUGUUACAUCUGCCAUGUCUGCCGAGCUGAUCGCAGUCUCCUCUAUCUGGACCUACGAUUUCUACCAGACCUACAUCAACCCCAAGGCGACUGGAAAGCAGCUCAUCUACAUGUCCCACAGCAUGGUUAUUGCCUUUGCCAUUGCCAUGGCUGCUUGGUCUACUGGACUGCACUACAUCGGAAUUUCCAUGGGAUACCUCUACCUGUUGAUGGGUGUCAUCAUCUCUUCUGCGGUGCUUCCAGCCACGCUUACUCUUAUGUGGAGCGGUCAGAACUGGGCCGCCGCUACCUUUUCUCCUAUUCUUGGAUUCGCCUGUGCCCUCAUCGCGUGGUUGGUCACUGCUAAGAAGCAGGGUGGUCAGCUCAACGUUGCGACUACUGGUGCCAACAACCCCAUGUUGGCCGGCAACGUCGUCGCGCUUCUUUCUCCCCUGAUCUUCGUCCCCGUUCUCACCUUCGCGGCUGGUGGUCUCCAGCAUUAUGAUUGGCUCUCAAUGAAAGCUAUCCGCAAGGGCGACGACCACGAUCUUGCGGCCGAGGCGAACAUUGACUUGGAGCAGCUUCCCGGAGAACGCAGCAACUCGGUAGUCGAAGAAGAGGCAGAGCAAAGCAAGCUUCUCAAGGCCUCUAAGAUCGCCCGCUAUUUGACGGUAUUCAUGACGCUUGCGUUCCUAGUAGUCUGGCCCAUGCCAAUGUACGGCAGCGGUUACGUCUUCUCUAAGAAAUUUUUCACUGGCUGGGUCGUUGUCGGCAUCCUCUGGAUGUUCUGCUCCGCCUUCUGCGUCGGCCUGUACCCGCUAUGGGAGGGCCGCAAGACCAGCGGGCACACCUUCAAGAGCAUCUUUUUGGAUAUCACCGGCAAGAAGAAGUUUGGAAAGAACGUUGUCCAUGGCGAGGCUGCUAUGGUCGAAGAUUCGGGCCCUGGAACGCCGACUGAGAAGGUCGCGGAACUUCCGGGCAAGCAGUAGAGUUUCCUCCAUUCUGUCGUUUGAUCGGAUAAGCCGCGCCUGCGUUGUCCAUCUGGGAAUGUGUGGCUGUGAGAUGCUUUGAUCAUUUACUGUUAUGAUACCUAUGUACCGUUCGUUACGUAUGCAAAGAAUGAUUUAC